UUGCGUGUUUGACAAGUGGUGGUUACGGUUCAAUUUUUUUUAAUUAAAAUACGAACUUUUACAGAUGAGUUACUUAAAAUUGGUUGUAUUUUUAUCCAAGUUGUAAGCUGAAGUGACUGCCAAUUAAUUAUUGUGUGAUAGUAAAUCCUAGGAAUCCAAUUAUCAAGGAUGCGGUGGCGAGUGGUAGUCUUCCUGGUUUUACAACUAUUUAUGUUCGGAAAUUGCAAGGUUAAAAAAUCAAAGUCUGUGACAACACUAUUAGAAGCCAAAUGGGAAACAACUCCUUUAGUAUUAGAAGUAGUGGAAUAUUUGAGGGAUGAAAGCAGUGACUUUUUCUGGAGUUUUGUCAAUUCCAUUUCUAGCCUAAACCCUCCAUUAGCCACUUUAGAAAAUGAUAGAGAAAGGUAUAACAUAAUGAUGGACCAUGCAGCUAAAUUAAUUACCACGUCAGAACUGUCAGUAUUAAAAUUGGGGCUUUCUUUACACAUUUAUUCGCCCAAAGUACAAAUGUUUCGACAAAUUGCCACAGAACGGGAAUUGCCAAGCUGUGUUGCUGCUGUAGACAUUGGGGGAACAAUCACAUGUGAUUCUAGUAAAGUCCGGUCAUUAAUUGAAAAUUUUAAUGACCGAGAAAAAGUUGAUAUUUUUAAUGUAGAUACGCAUUAUCCAGGGUCUGAAAAUCGUUCAAAAGUUGCUAUUUUGUAUGGCGAACUUGGGACAAAAGAGUUUGCCGACUUUCACAAUGUUUUAAAACAGGAGGCUGAAGAAGGAAAAAUUGAUUAUAUUGUCAGACAUUACGUCCAGAAACCAACUGAUAAGAAAUUGCGAUUAUCAGGUUUUGGAGUUGAAUUACAGAUGAAAUCAACUGAAUAUAAAGUGCAGGAUGAUGCAGAGCUUCACGAUGAUCCUUCUUCUGAAGAUUCUUCACAAGAAGAGGAAGAAAUUGAAAUUGAAGGAUUUGAUUUUAAAAAACUGAAGACUUUAUUUCCUGACCAUAAAAAAGAUUUCGACAAAUUUCGCCAGCAUCUUGAGGAGUCGUCCAAUGAGAUGGCGCCAUUGAAAGUGUGGCAAUUUCAGGAACUAAGCCUCCAAGCUGCUGAACGUAUAAUGAGUGCCCCCAAAGACGAAGCAUUGAAAGUUUUCACAAACAUCGCUCAAAAUUUCCCCAUGCAAGCCAAAGGUUUAGUAAAAACCGUCGUAAAUUCCGAAUUAAAAAAAGAAAUGAAACUGAAUUCGGACAUUUUUGCUUCAACUUUAAAUUUGCAACCUUCCGAUACUGCCCUGUUUAUUAACGGAAUGUUUUACGACGUUGAUCUAGUGGAUAUUUACGGCAUUCUUGAUGUUUUACGACAAGAAUUACGAACCAUGGAAGGACUACAAAAAAUCGGUGUUGGAAACAAACGACUGGCGUCGCUACUAGCGCUCGAUUUUAGUGAUGGCAGCACAGGUCAAGAAUUUGCGAUUGAUAUAAGAGACAGUGCUGUUAAUUGGAUUAACGAUAUUGAAACUGAAGCGAAAUAUAAUAGAUGGUCGUCGAGUGUUAUGGAUUUGUUGAGGCCAACAUUCCCGGGGAUGAUUCGGCAAGUUAGAAAGAAUUUGUUUAAUUUGAUUUUGAUUAUUGAUCCGACUGAACCGAAAUCGAGAGAUUUAGUUAAACUGUUAGAGUCGUUUGUGGUUCAUACGGCGCCGUUACGUGUCGGAAUUGUCUUUGCAGUUGAUGCUUCGACGGAGUUGACGGGACUUGAGGAUGCGGGAGUUGCCAUGCAGUGUGCAUUUAAUUAUGUGUCGCAGAAGAAGAAUCCAUUAGCGGCGUUAAGUUUCAUAAAAACGGUAUUGGGCUCAGCUUCUGAAGAAGUAAAAGUUGAUGAUGUUAAAAAAGAGCUGAAAAAACAAUUCGGCGAUGAUUACCUCGAUAUUCUUGGUGAAGAUUCCGACUACGAUUUCGGUCGCCAAUUAUCCAUCGAUUUUAUCCAAAGAACCGGUCAAAGAGUCCUCCCUCAAGCCCUCCUCAAUGGAAUACCUCUCCCUAGUAGCAGUUUAAACAUCGAUGAAUUCGAAGAAGCCGUCCUUCAGGAAGUCAUGUCGCAAACCUCUCUUUUACAGAAAGCUGUAUAUCGGGGGAAAUUAUCGGACAGUGACGACGUUGUUGAAUAUUUAAUGACUCAACCUAAUGUUAUGCCUCGUCUAAAUGAACGAAUUCUCAACAAGGACCAAUCUUUGUAUUUGGAUAUGACUGGAACGGCUACCACUAGCAUGAAUGUUGAUGAAUUGGCGAAAUUAUCACCGAGAGACAUGACGGCUACUGCCAUUGAUAAUUUCAAGUAUUUCUAUUCGCCGAAAAAGGGGAAACAGGAACACACGAUGACUUAUUGGAUUGUUGGGGAUUUGAAAUAUUUAGAGUCGCGACAGUUGUUGUUGGCAGCACUGGAACAUGCGAAAUCGGAAAAUCAUGUUCGAGUCACUUUUAUUCCAAACGUUGACAGUUCUAUGAAAAACAUGAUUUCUAAACUUGUUUUGACCGCACUAAGCGAAUUACCACCAGAGAAAGCAAUCGAUUAUGUUUUAUCACUCCUAAGAGAAGAUAGGGCAGCUGAAGAGUUAGAACGUGGAGGUCGAAUUCAAUUUCCGUCCGAAUUUUCGGGUAAAGUAAACAACCACGAGCUCAAUUUGAAAAUGUUGAGGGUUUACAGUAGACGCGUUUUGAAUUUAAAUGGGGGCGAAAGAGCUAUAGUUGCCAAUGGACGGCUUUUGGGGCCUCUCGAAGUCGAUGAAAGUUUCACAAUUGAGGAUUUUGGGUUGUUGGAACGGUUUAGUUUUGCUAGUUAUUUGGAAAAAAUACAGAAAGCGAUUGACAAAUCAUCGGAUGAGGAAGAAGAACUUUCAAGCAAUUCGCUACUUAAAGUCAUUUCGUUGUUAGUAUCAAGGCCUCAGUCUCGUACCCGAUUUGAAAUUCAGUUCAGUGGUGACGAACAUUCUGUAUUAAAAAUUCCAGCGACACAUCCCGAUAAAGUCGCUUUUGAUAUCGUCGCUGUGGUAGACCCUGUUUCACGCGGAGCCCAAAAAGUAGGCCCCAUUUUGCAAGUACUCCAAGAGGUGCUCAAUGUUAAUAUUCGCGUAUUUUUAAAUAGUGUUGAGAAAAAUAGUGACAUGCCAGUUAAAAGUUUUUAUCGAUUUGUUUUGGAACCGGAAAUCCAAUUUACGGACGAUGGCAAACAAACAGCUGGUCCUAUCGCCCGGUUUAAUAACAUGCCAACUUCGCCACUUCUUACUCAGAAUUACCACGUGCCUGAAAAUUGGUUGGUGGAAGUUGUGAGGUCGGUUUAUGACCUUGAUAAUAUCAGACUUGAGGAUGUUGAUAACAACGUUCAUAGCGAAUAUGAGUUGGAGUAUCUUUUACUUGAGGGUCACUGUUUUGAAGCGACCACAGGAAGUCCUCCAAGAGGUCUUCAAAUAACUCUAGGAACGGAACGUCAACCUGUCAUUGUUGAUACAAUUGUCAUGGCAAAUUUGGGAUAUUUUCAAGUGAAAGCCAAUCCUGGUGCUUGGAUUUUGAGGCUGAGGCAAGGCAGGAGUGCCGAAAUUUAUGAUAUUGUCAGUCAUGACGGAAGUGAUACUCCUGCAAAUUCUUCCGAUAUUAAAGUACUUAUAAGCACUCUGAGAUCUCAUAUAGUUAAAUUACGAGUUCAGAAAAAGCCUGAUAAGUUUAACAUGGAUUUGUUGUCUGAAGAUGAACCAAACUCGGGUAUUUGGAAUUCUAUUACGAGUUCCUUCUCGAAGAACGAAGAAGAACCUGACGACAAACUCAACAUAUUUUCUGUUGCUUCUGGUCACCUUUACGAGCGAUUUUUACGAAUUAUGAUGUUGUCAGUCGUGAAACACACCAAGACACCUGUAAAAUUCUGGUUUUUGAAAAAUUAUCUCUCUCCACAAAUCAAGGAUUUCCUUCCAUAUAUGGCUAAGGAAUACGGUUUUGAGUACGAAUUAGUUCAGUAUAAAUGGCCCAGAUGGCUCCACCAACAAACUGAGAAACAACGAAUCAUCUGGGGUUACAAAAUCCUCUUUUUAGACGUACUUUUCCCUCUAGAUGUGAAAAAAAUAAUUUUCGUCGAUGCUGAUCAAGUGGUUCGAGCAGAUUUGAAAGAACUGCAAGAAUUAGACCUAGGUGGAGCUCCUUAUGGUUAUACUCCGUUUUGUGAUUCGCGGAAAGAAAUGGACGGUUUUCGGUUUUGGAAACACGGUUAUUGGAGGAACCAUUUACAGGGCCGUAAAUAUCAUAUUUCGGCUCUCUAUGUUGUGGAUUUGAAACGGUUUAGGAGAAUCGCAGCUGGGGAUCGACUCAGAGGCCAAUACCAAGCUCUGAGUCAAGAUCCGAACAGUUUAUCCAAUUUGGAUCAAGACUUGCCGAAUAAUAUGAUACACCAAGUUGGGAUUAAAUCCUUGCCUCAGGAAUGGUUGUGGUGUGAAACGUGGUGUGAUGAUGAGUCGAAAGCUAGAGCGAAAACUAUCGAUUUGUGCAAUAAUCCUAUGACUAAGGAAGCGAAGUUGACGGCUGCUAUGAGGAUUUUACCAGAGUGGAAAGGUUAUGAUGAGGAAAUUAGACAACUGCAGAAGAAAAUUGAUUCGGGGGUUUUGGAUCCUGACCCUGAAAACCAUAUACCAGAUACGACUGAUAGGCAUACUGAGUUAUGAUUACUUUGUAAAUUAAUUUUAUUAGGUAUGUUAAGUAUGUACAUAAAUUUUUUAAAAUAAAUAUUAAAAAGUAAA